UACAGGGUGACGUCAGUGUUUGUGCUGCUGGCAGAAUACUCGUCUGGUUCGUCUGUAUCCACAACACGUUGGGAGUAUGACACAGACAGUGCAGACGAAUGGGGUGCAACCCCUCAGUAAGACAUGGGAACUCAGUCUGUAUGAGCUACAGAGGACUCCACAGGAGGCCAUCACAGAUGGGCUGGAGAUAGCCGUGUCUCCCAGGAGCCUCCACAGUGAGCUGAUGUGUCCCAUCUGCCUGGACAUGCUGAAGAACACCAUGACAACCAAGGAAUGUCUGCACCGCUUCUGUGCUGACUGCAUCAUCACCGCCCUCCGAUCAGGCAACAAGGAAUGCCCUACGUGCAGGAAGAAGCUGGUGUCUAAGCGGUCCCUGCGGCCGGACCCUAACUUUGAUGCCCUCAUCAGUAAGAUCUACCCCAGCAGAGAUGAGUACGAGGCCCACCAGGAGAGGGUUCUGGCCCGCAUCUCCAAACACAACAACCAGCAGGCCCUGUCCCACAGCAUCGAGGAGGGCCUCAAGAUACAAGCCAUGAACAGGCUGCAGCGAGGGAAGAAGCACCAGCUGGAGAAUGGGAGUGGGCUGGAGGACAACGGUGACUCCUCCCACUGCAGCAACGCCUCCGUCCACUCUAACCAGCAGGAGGCGGGGCCGAGCAUCAAGCGUACCAAGACGUCAGAUGACUCUGGUCUGGACAUGGACAACGCUACAGAGAACGGAGGGGGAGGGGACGUGGCCAUGGACGGAGCCAGCGAGAUAGAACUGGUGUUCUGUCCUCAUCCUACGCUCAUGGACAAGGAGGACACCGUGCAGACCAGUGUUGAGUUUGUUCCCAGGUACAUCAAGACGUCGGGUAACGCCACAGUGGACCACCUGUCUAAGUACCUGGCUGUGCGUCUGGCUCUGGAGGAACUGAGGAAGAACGGAGAGGCCAGCCCUGUCAAUGUAGACGCUGCCUCAGAGAAACAAUACACCAUUUAUAUCCCUACAGCCAACGGCCAGUUCACGGUGCUGAACGGGUCUUUCUCUCUGGAGCUUGUCAGUGAGAAGUACUGGAAGGUGAACAAACCCAUGGAACUGUACUUCGCCCCCACCAAGGAGCACAAGUAGACCGCCUGGACUACACCUGGGGGGGUAGACCGCCUGGAGUACACCUGGGGGGGUAGACCGCCUGGAGUACACCUGGGGGGUAGACCGCCUGGAGUACACCUGGGGGGUAGACCGCCUGGAGUACACCUGGGGGGGUAGACUGCCUGGAGUACACCUGGGGGGUAGACCGCCUGGAGUACACCUGGGGGGUAGACCGCCUGGAGUACACCUGGGGGGUAGACCGCCUGGAGUACACCUGGGGGGUAGACCGCCUGGAGUACACCUGGGGGGGUAGACCGCCUGGAGUACACCUGGGGGGGUAGACCGCCUGGAGUACACCUGGGGGGGUAGACUGCCUGGAGUACACCUGGGGGGGUAGACCGCCUGGAGUACACCUGGGGGGGUAGACUGCCUGGAGUACACCUGGGGGGGUAGACCGCCUGGAGUACACCUGGGGGGGUAGACCGCCUGGAGUACACCUGGGGGGGUAGACCGCCUGGAGUACACCUGGGGGGGUAGACCGCCUGGAGUACACCUGGGGGGGUAGACCGCCUGGAGUACACCUGGGGGGGUAGACCGCCUGGAGUACACCUGGGGGGGUAGACCGCCUGGAGUACACCUGGGGGGGUAGACCGCCUGGAGUACACCUGGGGGGGUAGACCGCCUGGAGUACACCACCUGGAGUACACCUGGGGGGGGUAGACCACCUGGAGUACACCUGGGGGGGGGUAGACCACCUGGGGGGGGUAGACCGCCUGGGGGGGUAGACCACCUGGAGUACACCUGGGGGGGUAGACCACCCGGAGUACACCUGGGGGGGGUAGACCACCUGGAGUACACCUGGGGCACCCUAUUUCCUAUGUAGGGCUUUGGCCAAAAGUAGUGCACUAUAUAGGAAAUAGGGUGCCCUUUAGGACACAGCCCCUGAAUGAGACCUGCCAGGAGGACGAGGUGUCUAAUGGACUCUCUCAACAGCUAUACAUCUCUCUCUACAUCUCUCUCUACAUCUCUACAUCUCUCCCUACAUCUCUACAUCUCUCUCACGCUCUCUACAUCGCUCUCUACAUCUCUCUCUCUCUACAUCUCUCCCUCUCAUCAUCUCUUUACAUCUCUAUACAUCUUCUCUCUCUACAUCCCUCUCUCUCUACAUCUCUCUCUACAUCCCUCUCUCUCUCUACAUCUCUCUCUCUACAUCUCUCUCUCUCUACAUCUCUCUCUCUCUACAUCUCUCUCUCUCUACAUCUCUCUCUCUACAUCUCUCUCUCCUCUCUACAUCUCUCUCUACAUCUCUCUCUACAUCUCUCUCUACAUCUCUCUCUACAUCUCCCUCGCUCUCUACAUCGCUCUCUACAUCGCUCUCUUACAUCUCUCUUACAUCUCUACAUCUCGCUCUCUACAUCUCGCUCUCUACAUCUCUCUACAUCUCUCUCUCUUACAUCUCUCUCUACAUCUCUCUACAUCUCUCUCUUACAUCUCUCUCACUCUCUCUACAUCGCUCUCACUCUCUCUACAUUGCUCUCACGCUCUCUACAUUGCUCUCACGCUCUCUACAUCUCUCUCUUACAUCUCUCUCUCUACAUCUCUCUCACUCUCUCUACAUCUCUCUCACUCUCUCUACAUCGCUCUCACUCUCUCUACAUUGCUCUCACUCUCUCUACAUUGCUCUCACGCUCUCUACAUCUCUCUCUACAUCUCUCUCUACACAUCUCUCUCUAUAUCUCUCUCUUUCUACAUCUCUACAUCUCUCUCUACAUCUCUCUCUCUCUCUCUCUCUCUCUACAUCUCUCUCUCUCUACAUCUCUCUCACGCUCUCCAUCUCUCUCUCUUACAUCUCUCUCUCUACAUCUCUCUCACUCUCUCUACAUCGCUCUCACUCUCUCUACAUCGCUCUCACUCUCUCUACAUUGCUCUCACUCUCUCUACAUUGCUCUCACGCUCUCUACAUCUCUCUCUACAUCUCUCUCUACACAUCUCUCUCUCUCACUCUUUCUACAUCUCUACAUCUCUCUCUCUCUCUACAUCUCUCUCUCUCUCUCUCUCUCUCUCUCUCUACAUCUCUCUCUCUACAUCUCUCUCUACAUCUCUCUCUCUCUCUACAUCUCUCUCUCUACAUCUCUCUCUCUCUCUACAUCUCUCUCUCUCUCUACAUCUCUCUCUCUCUCUACAUCUCUCUCUCUCUCUCUCUACAUUUCUCUCUCACUCUCUCUACAUCUCUCUCUCUCUCUCAUCGCUCUCACGCUCUCUACAUCGCUCUCUCUACAUAUCUCUCUCGUCAUAUCUCUCUCUCUCUACAUAUCUCUCUCGUCAUCUCUCUCUCUCUACAUAUCUUUCUCUCUCUCUCUACAUAUCUCUCUGUCUGGUGUGAAUUUGUUGGUAACAUGUUAGUAUAGGGGGUAUGUAUAAAUGUAUCUGAUAUAGUCACUAGCCAUGCAGAGCCUCUUCGUAAGCAUUACAGAGACGUCACUGCAAUUCCACUGCUGCUAGAAAUGGAUUUGUCAUGAUUCCUUACUCUACAUGUCAGAGUAUGUUCUCUCUGUCUCUACAUCGCUCUCUCCAGGGCUGUCUACCUGCUACCUGUGUUUAGGUCCUAAUACGGAGGUGGUACCUGGUAGUUUCAGGGCCUGCUACCUGCUCUCCGUGUUUAAGUCCUAAUACCGAGGUGUUACCUGGUUGCUUCAGGGCCUUCUACCUGCUCUGGAUAACUGUGGCUGCUUCAGGAUGUUGUAUGGUCUUUUUGUAUCUGGGGGACGGCGAGCUGGGUUGGGGACGGGGUGGGAGGCGUUUUGGGAUAUAUUAGCGGCGUUUCCGUACAGAGAACUAAUGUUUUUGUUGUGUUUUUAAAAACUUGUCCAGCAGAGGAGGUCAUGAAGCUGUUUUCUAUAAACCCACGAUCCUGUUGUAUUUGUUGACAUAGUGUGACUCAAAUGGCACCCUAUUUCCCUAUGUAGUGCACUACUUUUGACAAGGGCCCAUAGGGAAUAGAGUGCACUUUAGGACAGAACCAUAUUGAUGUCACUUCACCUGACUGAUCUGGGAGCCAUGACAACAUAUCAUUGGUAAAUCAUCACAGUGGAUGGAGUAAGGUCUACUGUUCAUUUCCUGUUCCCUUUGACCGAAAUGGCAAACUAGGGCUUUGAUACAUAAUAAUUAGGGUGCUCCAAUGACAAACAAACGUCUGCUAUGACACGAGGACAUUAUGUUGUAGUUAACCUGAAGAGACAGACUUCAUCUCUUUGUUAUCCUUCUCUAGUCUGCUUGGCAUUCAUUCUGUUCUCCUAGAAAACGCUUGAUGUUAACAGCAGGGUUGGGCUCAAUUCCUCUUCACUUCAAUCAGAUCAGGAAGUGGAAUAAUCUCUAAAUCUUCCAUCUCCCUUAGGCGGAUGAAUCUCUUCUGUCCUGUGUGCUGUGACUUCUUCAAGGAUCCAGUUUUUUGAAAACAAUGAACAAUUUUCUAUUCCUGAUUUGAGUUUGAAUCCACCUCCUCCUGAAUUGAUUAAGUCUAAAAUUGACCCCUAACCCUGCUUCACUGAAACAUUUAAUUAGCUCAGCGGGCUAACAGUCCAGUUCAAUACAACUAGGCUGGUUAUUCUUUCUGUAUAUUGUCCAGGACCUUUGUUCAUGCCAACAUCUCAACCACAUUUUGGGAGGAGAAUGAAUGAAUCGUUCAUUAACAGGUCAGAGGUCAUCAGCUGUAUGGAAGUAAUGUCUGUACAUAAACCAACCAGCUCCAUUCAUCACCUUCAAGCUUAGUGUGAGAUAGAAGAGGGACCCAAAUCGGGGUUUCUCCCCCCAAAAAUGUUCCAGAACGACGAUACCGUGGAAGAAAAAUGUGCAAAUGUACUUUUUAGAAGCAUGUUCAGUUUUACAGUUUUACAACAUCCUUUGUAUAAAUAUCAGUUAUUAUUGUUGAAAGUGUAAAUGGAAAUAUUUGUUUGGAAAAUAAACAAAACAAUGUGUGUUCAACAUGGAA